GCCCGCAGCUAGAUAUUUUCCUCUUCCGUGCAUCAUCCCUCACCGAGCACCGGAGCUCCAGACACGGACAGGGCGCGCAACCGGAGGGAAGCAGCCAGUCGGCACGCGAUGCAGAAGCGCGCGGUGGCGGUGGCGGUGGGCGCGGCGGCCGUCGUGCUCGGCCUCGCCGCCGCCGUCCUGGGGUUCGCCGCCGAGUAUGCCAGCCAAAAGGCUUUCGUGAGGUCCGACGCGUUCCGCUGCGAGUACCGGCGCACGCCAGCGCUGGCCUGGGGCGUCCUCGCCGCGGUGCUCUCGCUGGCCGCCGUGGCGCUCGUCACCGCGGCCAGCGGCUGCUUCGGCCGCUUCAACGCCGCCGCACCCGCGGCGGCCGGGAGACGGCGCGGCGGCUGCGCCAGGACGGCGUGCGCGGCAGUCGCGUGGUACGUUGUCCUCCUCCUGCUGCUGCUGCCGCAACAGCGCCGGCUCCGGUGUGCUAUACACCUUCUUUCCUCCGAUUAUGCGCCGGCGCCGCGGGCUAUCGUUGUUGAUUAUUCUUGCUUGCUGCCGAGCGCGCGCAGGCUGGUGGCGGCGGCGGCGAUGUUCCUGUACGGCGCGUCGCGGAGCGCGGGGGGGGGGGGGGGGGGGGGGGGGGGGACGGGGGGCUUCACCGCGAUCAGGCGGCGGCCCGGGCGCAACAGAGACGGCGGCGACCGCCCCUUCGACUUCGUCUGCGACGAGCUCAGGGGGGUCUUCGUGUCGGCGUCCAUCGCGGCCGCCGUUGCCGUCGCCUGCGCGGUCGCGGCCUACGUCGACGCCCUCCAGCAGAGGAGCCAGACGGCCACGCCCACGCUGGGCGGCGUCGCGAUGGGGCCGCCAAACCCGGUUCCCGUGGCUUACCCGGCUCAACCGCCGUACGGUGGCUACGGCGGCAAGCAACCUGCGGGUACAUCUUGA